GGCAUACUGGUAUAUUGUGAUUAUUUGUUUAACUAUUUCUAGUUUGCUAGUUUGGAUGAACUUUGAGUUUAAUACAUWUAUCUUUUCUACUAUGAUAAAACCCUUAAACUUGUUAGCAAACAUAACAAUGAUAAGAUACAACUGAUAUUAUAUUCAUGAACUAGGUACUACAAAAAACGUAGUUCGUACUACUAACAGGCAGAGUGCAGUUACAUCGCAUGUGUACGAAACCCGUACAACUUUAUGUCCGCGAUUUUCUCUGUAGUGCCCAGUCCCGUGUAGUAGUUCAUGAUUAUAAUUUAUAUUGGAUCGUGAUUUAGUAUAUACCCAAUAAAUGAAAUAUUUCAUUAAUAAGAGAAAAAUGAAUKACCUUUGAAAUCCAUCACUCUCCAUUUUGGAAAAUUCUGAAGUUGUUUAUGUUCUUAUACUCAUCAAUGUCAGUAUCAUUUUUUAAGACUAUCAUGUGUUCCGGAGCAAUCCGUUUGGCCAUCGUCGUGUGGUCGAUAAGCUGCAUGUCGACAACCACGGGUCACCGGAUAUUGGCUUGUGAGCCAUGCCCCGGACAUAGCCAUUGGAACGUUAUGUCGGCGGUGUUGGAGAGCUUGGUGUCCGCCGGGCACGAGGUGGUGUGCGUUACCAUGCACCCAGCAACUGACAGGUUGGCCGCGCAUCCCAACUACACGCACGUAGACAUCGUGGUAUUCGUGAACACGCAUCACUCGGUGGAACCGGGUCGGCCGAUGGGACCAAACGUCCAUGAAAUCGGAGGCAUUCAUCUCACCCGGCCACUCGCUCCGAUUCCCCCAGAUUUAGUAGAUGUAAUGGACAAGAGUYAUGAAUUCGGCGUCAUUGUAUUUUCUUUGGGUUCUUUGAUCUCCAUGAAAACACUACCCGRUAAUCUAUUAGAUGCAUUUAAAAUCGUGUUUAGCCGACUWCCCCAAACGGUUAUUUGGAAGUACGAGAACGAUCACAUGCCCGACAAGCCAGAAAAUGUGGUGUUGUGUAAAUGGUUACCGCAACGUGCAAUAUUACGUGAGUUAAAUAAAUACAUUUUAGAGUCAUUCAUAUGCGUAAUACUGGACCUCGGUACAGCUUUGUCUAUUAAAAUCAAUAACUUGACUCAAACAACAUUAACUGAAGUCAUUAACCGAUUAAUUAAAGACCGAAGUUUUUCAGAAAACGCCAAACGGGUUGCGUCAUUGUUUCGAGACCGCCCCAUGACGCCCUCCGAGUCAGUCGUAUACUGGGUCGAUUAUUUGAUUCGACAUGGUAUGGAAAGCAACAUUAGGCCAUCGUCGGCCGAUGCAUCGUGGACUAGUUAUUUCAUGUUUGACAUGKGURUUGCACUACUGGUGGUAUUGAUGAUGCUAUGGUUCAUCACGCGUCUCAUCCUGAAACUGGUGCUCAAAAAAUUCAUUCUGUCCAAUGUUAAAUGACGCAUAAUUUUACAAAAAUAUGUGUACACAAUGGAAUGGCGAAGGGGUAAUCGAUUGGAUGAUGCCUUAUGCCUAUGCGAUUUUGGGAGGUUGUAGAGAUAUGUGGGUGGUUACCCAUCUUCUAAUUUAGCAUUAACCAAUAGGUAGGUAUUUUAGUAUAUACCAAAGCAAGAAUUUAAAAAUAUAAGAUUAAAUGCAUAUAUCGACCAUUGGCUGAGUAGGUGUAGGUUAACCUUUACGUACAAUUUAUGUGUUGUCAAAGUUCACAAUAAAGAUCACAAUACGUCAAUACAUACGAAUGUACUAAAUAAAUAUAUUUAAUGCCAAUGAAAACUAUUGUGAUAUAUUUAAUAUUUCCAGACAUGGUCGAUA